AUGGGGCCGCGGCACCUGCUGCUGCCGCUGCUCCUGCUCUCCCUGCAGCUCCUGGCCCUGCUGCUGCUGCCGCCGCCCGCACAGGCGGCCGGGCCCCCCCGCGCCAAGGGCAACCGGACCCAGGGGGCGGCGGCGGCGCGGCGGACCCCCAAGCCGGGCAAGGAGCUCUUGAACCAGACGCUGGCGGGCCCGGGGGCCGCCGCCCCCACGGCGCUGCCCGGGCGCGGCAAGGGCGCGGGGGGCGGCAAGGCAGCCCCCGGAGGCGGGGGCGGCGGCGGGGGCUCGGCCCCGGCGCACGAAACGUGCUGGGGGUACUACGACGUGAGCGGGCAGUGGGACAAGGAGUUCGAGUGCAACAACAGCCUCACGGGCUUCCGCUACUGCUGCGGCACCUGCUUCUACCGCUUCUGCUGCAACAAGCGCGCCGAGAAGCUCAACCAGAGCCUGUGCCGCAACUACAAGAGCCCCGAGUGGGCCCACCCCACCACGGCCAGCGGCGCCCUGCCCGCCGACGGCGGCGACGGCGGCGAUGGGGACGCCAACAAGUACGACCCGGACAAGGACAGCACCAACGCCACCGUCUACAUCUCGUGCGGGGCCAUCGCCUUCGUGCUCAUCGCCGGCGUCUUCGCCAAGGUGGCCUACGACAAGGCGCGGCGCCCGCCCCGGGAGAUGAACAUUCACAGGGCUCUGGCUGAUAUCCUAAGGCAGCAGGGACCAAUCCCAAUUGGACACUGUGAAAGAGAGACUAUCUCGGCCAUAGAUACCUCCCCCAAAGAAAACACCCCAGUUAGGACCUCUUCCAAAAACCAUUACACCCCAGUGCGCACCUCCAAGAGCAACCCAGGUCACUAUGGAAAGGAUAUUUAUCGCAGUGGAGGGCCAGAUCUUCAUAAUUUCAUCUCCUCCGGGUUUGUCACGUUAGGAAGAGGACACACGAAGGAUGACCAAGAACAAAAUUAUAAUCACCUGAUACUAAACAGUCCCACCCAGACACCUACACAUGACAAGCCACGAAUGAACAACAUCCUCACUUCAGCCACCGAGCCCUACGACCUGUCCUUCUCCCGCUCCUUCCAGAACCUCUCUCACCUCCCGCCGUCCUACGAGUCUGCUGUCAAGACCAACCCAAGUAAAUAUUCAUCUCUGAAGAGACUCACUGACAAAGAGGCUGACGAGUACUACAUGAGGAGGAGACACCUGCCCGACCUGGCAGCCCGGGGCACGCUGCCCAUCAACGUCAUCAAAAUGUCUCAGCAGGGCAACCACCGGGACAGGCCCCGCCGUCCCAUCAGGGCCAUGUCCCAGGACAGGGUGCUGUCCCCCGAGAGGAUCAUGCCCGAGGAGUUCAGCAUGUCCUACGAACGGAUUCUCUCCGACGAGCAGCUCCUGUCAGCAGAGCGCCUGCACUCCCAGGACCCGCUGCUGUCCCCGGAGCGGUCGGGGUACCCCGAGCAGUCCAUGUCCAGGGCAUUGUCACACACGGAUGUCUUUGUGUCAACACCCGUCUUGGAUCGCUACAGGAUGUCAAAAAUGCACUCCCAUCCCAGUGCCUCAAAUAACUUGUACAAUACCUUGAGUAUGAACCCGACCUCCGCCAAGCGCCAAGCGUUCGCCUCGCGCCGGCACAACACGGUGGAACAGCUGCAUUACAUCCCUGGCCACCACCACCACUACCGCACCGCCAGCAAAACUGAGGUGACUGUUUGA